UACCCUUGAUAUUUUACAGCAUUUUUACAGGUGAAACUUGAGCCGUUUUACCACAUACAUUUAGUUCAAGCAUGGCAACUUCGAGUGAUGUAAGAGAGGGCUUCUUAUGCCCAAUGUGUAUGAAGGAUUUAGGCACAGUAUCCAUGUUACAAGAUCAUUUUGAGGAAGAACAUUCAAAUGAAGACAAAGACGUGCUGCAGCAGUUAAGAGGAUUAUUUGGUAAAGCUAAGAAGAAGAUAUUAGGAGAGAAAGAGAACCAUGAUUAUGUAGAUCAAUCUGAUUCUGUUACUGACACCUACGCUGCUAACUUGACGAAAACAGGCUAUGAUUCUUCACUAUGGGAUCCUCAGGAAAUAGGUAUGAUUAGAAGUCAUACUGAUGUGUUCAAAGCUACAAGGGGAGCUAGAGUAGACAGAUUUGUUGUUGAGACAAACAAACUAAUUAUUCGACUGGAUAAACUAACAGGAAGUAAUUCACCUACUGACACAGGCAAACGGAAAGCUUUUGAAAAAUCUGUAGUUCCUUGGAUGCCAGAUAAAUAUGUACAGACAUGUCCAGAUUGUACCCGUAACUUUUCUCUGACCAGAAGAAGACACCAUUGUAGAUUGUGUGGUGGAAUUAUGUGUGAUAAAUGUUCACAUUUCCUUCCUCAUACAUUUGCAAAGAAACUUACAAACCCAGCUUUUCAGACAGAAAUGGAGGUUGGUUUUCUAAAGAGAACAGGUAGCAAUAGUAGCCUUAAUUCAUUGAUGAGUCCUGAGGGAGAGGCUCAUAUACGAACAUGCAAUAACUGUCGUAAAUUAUUGGAGCGGAGAGAUCAACAAAUUCAACAACGUAAUGUUAAACCACCAAUAGUUAUCAUGUAUGAGAAUUUACAGUCUUAUGUAGAAAAUGCACAGAUGUUAUUAAAAGAGUUUAUACCAAUGGUAGAAUCACUGAGUUGUGGUGAGUCAACCUAUAACAUGUACACAGCACAGCAGUAUAGAAAUAAAAUCCUAAAGAUGUAUGAAAGUAUUGACAGUGUUAGUAAAAGAAUAUGGAUGCAUGAGACAAAUGCUGACCCCCUUCCACCAGCAACACAACUAAAAAUGCAGAAAAAUAUCCGAACCAUGGCAACAAGUUUUAUGCAAGAUAAUAUGAUUGGUCUGCAGGCUUUACCAUCCGAGGAACAUUACAAAAAAUUACAAGAAGCUAGAAAAAUUGAAAUUCAACAACGGAUUGCUGAUGAAAGACAGGCUACUGCUGAGGCACAAGAAAAGGAAAGAAAACAACAGGAACAAAGGGAGACAACUACAAAACAUCAAAUUCAUCCCUCUAAUAGGGACUCAGAUCAACCAGCUAAAGUGCAAUCCCAGAAGAAGUCUGGCUGGAUACCAGAAGAAACCAGUAUACGUUACAGUGACAAAGACGAUCCUAUGGUUCAACAAAUGAACAUAAUCAGGGGCUAUAUCAAACAAGCUAAACAAGCAGAAAAAUACGAUGAAGUUAAAAUGUUAGAACAAAAUUUAAAAGACUUACAACAAGAAUAUCUUAAACAACAAAGACAGAAUUGGUCAUAAUAGUUCUAAAUUUAAUUAGGUAUAUUAUUGUUAUUUUGUUAUCUAUUUAUUUUUUAUUAGCUUAGAUACCAGUCAUCAAUCAUAACUUAAGAUUUACAUCUCCUGUUAUGGUUUAUUUUCAACAUGUCACUCUGAGUUUAUUUUCCCAGGAGUGAUCAGAUUUUUUCAGUUUUUUUUAGACCAUACAAUAUUAACCUGUAUUGAAAAUUGACCAAUAACACAGAGAAUCAAUAUCUAGGCAUGUACAAGGGGAAAUUUUGACAAUUGUUUGGAAGUCUUGUAUGAAUGGUUCUGGCUGUUAUUUUUAAGAUUCUCAAAGGUUGUGACUAUGUAGAUCUGUCAUUUUGUUCCCUACACAAGUCAUGGACAUAUAACAAAAACAUGUUAAAUUAUUUAACUUUAUAUUUUUGACAACUUAAAUAAAGUAUCCACUUGGAAUAGAUACAAUAGGAUAAGACAUAACCUUUAUUGACGUGAUAGAUAAAUACAAUAUCAAUGCUUAUUUAGAUGCUUACAGACAAAUGAUCAACACUAGGUAGGGUUCCAAACCAACAAGUCUGCAGUUGAUUUAACUUUUAUAAAACUGUUAAGUAUAUUUGUGUGAUUUGUUCUAUAAUGUGCAAUGCUUUAUCUUGUCACCAGGUAGGGUUCCAAACAAACAAGUCUGCAGUUGAUUUAACUUUUAUAAAACUGUUAAGUAUAUUUGAAUUGUGUAAUUUGUUCUAUAAUGUGCAAUGCUUUAUCUUGCAGGGAAUAUCAUUGUUUAUAGAUUUAAAUGUUUUAAUAGUUUUUUUUUUAAUAUAUAGAUUUCAUAACAAAUAAGUUAUACAUACAUAUAUAUAUAUAUAUCUAUAAUUCUAGUCUAAAUUUAUUAUGCAUUCUUUACAAUAUUGUAUGCAUCUCAAUCAUGGAUUUACAAAUUAGUAUUUUGUGUUGUUUUACUUCCUGGUUAAUUGCAUUGUUACUAGUUUUAUACUACUGAUACAAACCACAUUAAGCAGGAUUAAGUGUGCUGUAAUGGAUGGAGCCCCAACACAAGAAAACAAUGCUCUCCUACAAAAGAAGCUAUAAAUAGCUGUUGUAUCUAUAUUGGAAUACUGUUAUGUGUUCAUUACUGUAGCUAUUUAUUAUAUGAUUUUCAAAAGGAAUCCUUCCACUGAAUGUUUAUAUGCAAAUGUUUAUAUAAAAUUGUUUCCAAUAACUUGAUACCAAAAAUUAAGAAUUAUAAAUAAGGGAGCAAACAAACCAAUCUGUUACAUGUGAGAUUGUACUUGAAAUUGUACUGCUCUAAAAUGCUGUUCUAAGAUAUUAAAAACUUAAAAUAAUGUUUAAUAUACAUCGAUAUAAAAAGAUGUGGUAUGAAUGUGAAUGAGACAACUCGCCAUCAAAGUCACAAUUUGUAAAAUUAAUUAUAGGUCAAGGUAUGGCCUUCAACACAUAGCCUUAGCUUACACAGCAAGCUAUUAAGGGCCCCAAAAAUAAUUACUGUACAGUGCUCUAGCUACAGUGUAAAACCAUUCACAUAGGAAAACCAACAGUCUUAUUUACUAUAAAACGAGAAACAUGAAACACUUAUGAACCACAUCAACAAACCACAACCACUGAACAUCAGGUUCCUGACUUAGGACAGGUUCAAAUGACAUUGACUAUGUUAUUUUAAUUAUUUGCCUCAUUUUAGUUAUCAAGUAUAACAGAAUUUAUUAUAUGGCAAGAGUUUUUCUUGCAGUAGAUUUCAACUGAUUGAUAUCAGAUUUUUAGCAUAUAUGAGAACCUAUUUGACCAGACAAUAUACAUAACUUUAGGUUCUUAUAUUGCCUAUAGCCAUCAAACACCUGUGUCUCUAUUUUAAAACAGCUGAUUAUUGAAAAGAAAAAAAUCAGAAAAUACAAAAUAAACAAGACAGCCAAAGACAAACUGUUUCAAUUUAAACCCCAAGAACUAUGGUUUUUUUUCAGUUUUUGGAGAAAAAAAUAAUUUGUUUUUGAUUCUGAGAAAUAAAAAAUGUUUGUUUCACCCUCAGCUGCCACUAUAUGUAAUGCUAAAAUUGAAAGAAAAAAAUUGUUUUCGACUUGUCGCGAAAACAAAUAAUUGUUUUUCACCUUAGGCGAAAAAAAAUUGUCCAGAAAAAAAACCAUAGCCCCCCCCCCCAAAAAAAAAAAAAUCAAUGGUUGCUACCUUAGUUUAACAGAGAAUCAUGAUUAGUUGAAUCAGGCUAGACUGCAUUUGCAUUCUGCCUUAGUUUAAAUAGAGAAUCAUGAUUAGUUGAAUCAGGCUACACUGCAUUUGCACUCUGCCUUAGUUUAAACAGAGAAUCAUGAUUAGUUGAAUCAGGCUACACUGCAUUUGCACUCUGCCUUAGUUUAAACAGAGAAUCAUGAUUAGUUGAAUCAGGCUACACUGCAUUUGCACUCUGCCUUAGUUUAAACAGAGAAUCAUGAUUAGUUGAAUCAGGCUACACUGCAUUUGCACUCUGCCUUAGUUUAAACAGAGAAUCAUGAAUAGUUGAAUCAGACUACACUGCAUUUUCACUCUGCUUCCCUUUUAACAGAGAAUCAUGAUUUGCUGUUGGUAACAUAUUAACAAUGAUUUAUUGUAAUAAUAUCUGUGAUAAGGAACCACCAGUUUUAUGAUUAAAUGGCAUUAACAAUGAUUUUUGUAAAUGUAAUUUUUAAAUUAUGCUAACAUAAUAUGUAUUAUUAAAAUAUCA